ACUAAGCCAGCUCAGUCCAAAUUUCCAUAAAAUUAAUAGAGCUUUGGGAAUUAGGGUUUAAGAUUUAGCAGACACUGGGAUUUGGGAAUUAGGGUUUUAUCACUGCGGAAUUUCCGUCGCCAACUCUCCUCAUGACGAUUGCUCCUCCAACUGCAGGUGCAACAACGAUAUCUAACGGUGCAUCGGAGAAGCAUUUCAUGGCAUACUCUCAAGGCCGCAAUUUCUUGUUCUGCGACUUGUGUGGGAGUUUGCUAAAUUUGAAUUCAAACAAGUAUGCUCAAUGCCCUCUCUGCAAGUUACAGCGAAAUGUGAAAGAGAUAUCCGGAAGAGAAAUAUCUUACAAAGUCACUGCUGAGGAUAUUAGAAGAGAUCUAGGCAUAUCAAUAAUUCCAGAAGAGAGGGUGCAAUUGCAAAAGACAGAUGCUAAAACAUGUGAAAAAUGCGGCCACAAUGAGCAUACAUAUUACUCCCGACAGAUGAGAUCGGCAGAUGAAGGGGCAACUACUUUCUAUGUGUGCACCAAUUGCCAGCACCAGUUUACUGAGAAUUGAUAUAUAUACCGGAGAUUGUAAGAGAUUAUCGGAUCACAAUGUAUGCCUUGAUAGUUGACAUGUUCCUAACAAAUCUAAACAUUUAUGCCUUGUAUUGAGUAUAUAUCUAAGAUUUAUCAGCUAUGAGAUCGAAGUUUGAAGUCA